CAUGUGACUUCAGCACAGCACUGCGAGUAUGUCUGCCCUGUGCCUCACCAUCUUCUGUGCUGUAAUAUGUUGUUCCUUGACAGAAAAGCCAAAAAAUGUCUCAUCUCCAAACAUUAUCAUCAUGCUCAUGGAUGACAUGGGUUGGGGGGACUUGGGGGUGUUUGGCCAGCCCUCUAAAGAAACCCCCAACCUGGAUGCCAUGGCUGCAGAGGGGAUGCUACUUCCAAAUUUCUACACUGCGAACCCCCUCUGUUCCCCGUCCAGAGCUGCACUUCUCACCGGGAGGCUGCCUGUCAGGAACGGUUUCUACACCACAAAUGGCCACGCCAGGAACGCAUACACACCACAGGAGAUAGUGGGAGGAAUCUCUAAGGAUGAGAUUUUAAUACCCCAGAUGCUGAAGAAAAAGGGCUAUGUCAGCAAGAUAGUUGGCAAGUGGCAUCUGGGCCACAGACAGCAGUACCUGCCUCUGGAGAGUGGUUUUGAUGAAUGGUUUGGUGCGCCAAACUGCCACUUUGGCCCCUACAACAGCAGCAUCAGACCCAACAUCCCUGUCUACAACAACUCUGAGAUGCUUGGCAGAUACUACGAGGAGUUUAAGAUUGACAGGAUGACCGGAGAGUCCAACCUCACAAAGAUGUACUUGCUGGAAGGUCUUGACUUUAUACAGCGGCAGACUGAAGCCCAGCGACCCUUCUUCCUCUACUGGGCAGCAGACGCCACUCAUGCCCCUGUCUAUGCCUCCAAACGCUUCCUAGGGAAGAGCCAGCGAGGCCGGUAUGGUGAUGCAGUGAUGGAGCUGGACUACAGUAUCGGUCAGAUCUUGUCAUUGCUGCGGAGUCUGGGUAUUGACAGUAAUACCUUUGUCUUCUUCACCUCAGACAACGGCGCGGCUUUGACAUCCGGCCCAAAAGAAAGCGGGAGCAACGGGCCAUUCCUCUGCGGGAAGGAGACCACCUUUGAAGGAGGCAUGAGGGAGCCUGCCAUUGCCUGGUGGCCUGGACACAUCAAAGGAGGCAUGGUUAAUUUCCAGUUGGCCAGUGUGAUGGAUCUAUUCACCACUAGUCUGGCUCUGGCCGGCAUCAGCCCUCCCGCUGGCACAGUCCUGGAUGGACUGGACCUGACGCCUGUCCUGCUAAACCGCUCAAACACACUCAUAGACAGGCCGAUCUUCUAUUAUCGUGGGAAUGAGCUGAUGGCUGUGAGGCUCGGACAAUACAAGGCACACUACUGGACCUGGAGCAACUCACUGGAAGAGUUUCAAAACGGCAUCAACUUCUGUCCAGGUCAAGAGGUCCCGGGUGUGACUACUCACGAGCAGAAAGAGCACACACUGCAGCCUCUCAUUUUCCACCUGGGCCGCGAUCCCGGGGAAAAGUUCCCCAUCAGUGUUUUGACUAAGGAGUACCAGGAUGUGCUGCGCAGGAUCUCUCCAGUUGUGGAGCAGCAUAAGAAGACUCUGAUACCUGGUAUUCCCCAGCUCAACAUGUGUGACGUUGCGGUGAUGAAUUGGGCCCCUGCAGGCUGUGAGAAGUUAGGAAAGUGUCUCAAAGUUCCCAAGUCUGAACCCUGGAAGUGUGACUGGCCGCACUGAGAUGAUGAGGAACCAAAACCUGAAGAUGUGCCUUUCUACAGAACAACAGACAGUCUUAUAUUUUCUUCAAAGUUUUUUUUAUUGAGAUCUUUGUAAAAUGGUUAACGCAUAAUGUCAAAGAAGACAACGCAAAUUGGCAGAACAACAUUACAUUGAUUAUGCAAAUAGCUUUUUAAAGCUGUGAAUUUAAUGGGCCGACAGAUUUUACCUGCUCUGGAAAAACAUCAAGAGUCAGACUCCUUUUAAUGAUGUAGAGCAGAAAGGGAAAUGUAUUUAUUUUGAUCUAAUGUAAUUAAUUAUGCCACGUUGGAUUAUUGGACUCAAUCUGUAUCAUUCUUACAUAUAUGCAUACUGCACAAAUGUGUGGUAUGUAAUAAAAAUAUUUUUAUUA